GUACAUACAAACACGGACAAAAAUAGCUGAACUUAUCUGAUUUUGCAAUGAAAUAUCUCUCCAACGAUCUGGAUCGAAAUGUUUUGAUAAACCUAGCAAGUGGUCCUAAUCCUUCCUUGGUUUCCGGAGAUGGGGUGAGACGGGACUCAGCAGUUCAGAUACGAGUAAUAGAGUGUUAUGCCAUCUGUUCAAGAGUGAUUCUUAGCAGCCAUGCACGAUCUUAAAAAGAGUGCAACCUAAAAAAGAGGUAUCUGCUACCCCCCAUUUCCGUUCGGAUGAGUGAACCAGAAGCAGCUCUACAGUCUACAAAAGCUACUCUCUCAGAUAUUGGGGAAGUCUAAUAAUUGAUUGGUUUUCUUUCAGUUAAAAUGCAAAUGGAGUUAAGUCGUUCUAGUUCAAGUUCAACCCUGCUCAAUUCUCCCAAGCUCCAUCCUCGAAACCCGCGAUUCAUCAAUCCAAACAAGGCAUUUAAUAGGGAAAAGAGAAGCACUAGUUUGAAUUUCAGUUCCGAGUUGAGAAAAUACGGUGACGUUUUGGGACGUUUCUCGAGACGGGAGUCGUCGAUUGUUAUCAGAGCGAGCAGUGGAGAGGCGGAAGUGGGAACUGCAGUCGUGGAGAAGCCCAAAUUGGGAAGGUUUCAGGUGUCUGAGGGUUUUCCGACGCCGUUUGGCGCUACAGCUAGAGAUGAUGGGGUUAAUUUCGCAAUUUUCUCAGCCAAUGCGGUUUCUGCUACUCUCUGCUUGAUGAGUCCCGCUGAUUUGCAGGAGAAUAAGGUCACCGAGCAGAUCUCUCUUGAUCCAUUGACCAAUAAGACUGGUGAUAUCUGGCAUGUUUUUGUAAAAGGAGAUUUCAAAGAUAUGCUUUAUGGUUACCGAUUUGAUGGCGAGUUAUCUCCUGAAGAAGGGCAGUAUUAUAAUUCUUCUUGGAUAUUGUUGGAUCCAUACGCAAAAGCAGUUUUAAGCAGAGGAGAGUAUGGUGUUUUAGGACCUGAUGAUAAUUGCUGGCCUCAAAUGGCCUGCAUGGUCCCUACUUAUGAAGAUGAGUUUGAUUGGGAAGGGGAUUUGCCUCUGAAGUGCCCGCAAAAAGAUCUUAUAAUAUAUGAAAUGCAUGUGCGAGGUUACACGAGGCAUGAAUCAAGCAAGGUUGAAUUCCCUGGUACAUACCGUGGUGUUGCAGAGAAGCUGGACCACUUAAAGGAACUUGGGGUUAACUGUAUAGAAUUAAUGCCAUGUCAUGAGUUCAAUGAGCUGGAAUACUACAGCUACAAUUCUGUCUUGGAUGACUACAAGUAUAAUUUUUGGGGAUAUUCUACUGUCAAUUACUUUUCUCCAAUGAUUAGGUAUUCAUCUACUGGCAUUCGCAACAGUGGCCGAGAUGCAAUUAAUGAAUUUAAGCUUCUUGUCAAAGAGGCACAUAAAAGAGGAAUCGAGGUUAUUAUGGAUGUUGUUUUCAAUCACACAGCUGAAGGAAAUGAGAAAGGUCCCAUUCUUUCUUUCAGAGGUGUUGAUAAUAGUGUCUAUUACAUGCUUGCACCUAAGGGAGAGUUUUAUAACUAUUCUGGCUGUGGGAAUACAUUCAAUUGCAACCAUCCUGUUGUACGUCAGUUUAUAGUGGAUUGCCUAAGAUAUUGGGUAACUGAAAUGCAUGUGGAUGGCUUUCGAUUUGAUCUUGCUUCUAUUAUGACCAGAAGUAGCAGUCUAUGGGAUGCAAUCAAUGUAUAUGGGAAUCAGAUAGAAGGAGAUUAUCUGACAACCGGUUCCCCCCUCAGCUGCCCUCCAUUAAUUGACAUGAUAAGCAAUGAUCGAAUACUCCAUGGAGUAAAGCUUAUCGCUGAAGCAUGGGAUACAGGUGGUCUGUAUCAAGUUGGUUCAUUUCCACACUGGAGAAUUUGGUCGGAAUGGAAUGGGAAGUAUCGUGACAUAGUGCGGCAGUUCAUCAAAGGUACUGAUGGGUUUUCUGGGGCUUUUGGAUGUCUUUGUGGGAGCCCUAAUUUAUACCAGAGAGCGACUGCAGUGGCAUGGUCAUUCGCCUGGGAUGCUGAUUGGUCUGAAACAAGUCGAUUUGUUGCAUUUACCCUGAUUGACUCUGUGAAGAAAGAAAUCUAUGUCGCAUUCAAUACGAGUCAUUUACCCGUCACCAUUUCACUACCAGAGCGGCCUGGCUACCGGUGGGAGCCCUUGGUAGACACUAGCAAGCCUCCGCCAUUUGAUUUUCUCUCAAGUGACGUUCCGGGAAGAGAGACUGCUCUGAGACAAUAUGCUCAUUUUCUAGAUGCCAACCUCUAUCCUAUGCUUAGUUAUUCUUCCAUCAUUCUAUUUUUGUCACCGGAUGAAAAUAGUUAGCUUAAGCUCUAAAGUAUGAACAUAUAUGUGCGUUUAUAUCUACGUCGGUGCCUUAUUAUUCUUUUGCGAGAAUAAUUGAUUCAAAGAAGUAAAUUUUUUUGUGCUUCAUUUCAAAAGGCUUGCAAAUUGUAUCACCCUCAAGAGGGGCCAGUAAGAGAAUGUCAUAUGUAUACCUCUAUGCAGUCUGUAAACAUAUGUUUAUGAAGUUAUAUGCUUCUGGUCAAACCAAAGCAUGAAGAGCAAAUGGAAAAGAAUACUGAAAGGCAAAGUACGGAA